UGUCCAAUAGGACGGGGUUGGGGGGAAUCCCCGAAGCUCCCCAGGACUUCGGUUCCCGACUGUAAACUACGAAGGUGCCAGUCGACCCAGUGCACUUAGCGCUCUGUAGCCUGCGCCCUCGAGGAUCGCGUGGAGCUGCCCGGGAGAGCCAGGAAGCGCUUUCUCCUUUCAGCACGUGGACCCGCCACUGGUUUGCUGGUCUCAGCAUCUGCAGUCGUCUGGGGAGAGUCCUUGUUCCCGCUCAGCCGCCUUUCUUGGAGUUUGUGGCCGGAGGAGCAGCGGAGCGCUCAUCAUGCCACCCACUUUAGAAGAGCUGCAGCCGCCCGCUGGAAAGAAAAUCCUGAAGAAUGAUAUUGAAGCCAUUUUGCAGGAGAAGAUCAUGGUGUUGGAUGGCGGUAUGGGAACCAUGAUUCAACAGUAUACAUUAAGUGAAGAGGAUUUCAGAGGACAGGACUUGAAAAACCAUGCCAAGCCUUUGAAAGGCAACAACGAUCUCUUAAGCAUAACUCGGCCUGAUAUCAUUUACAAGAUCCAUCAGGAGUACUUGAUGGCAGGAGCAGAUAUUAUUGAAACAAAUACUUUUAGCAGCACCAGAGUUGCCCAGGCUGACUACGGCCUUGAACACUUGGCUUAUCGGCUGAACAAAUGUUCAGCAGAAGUGGCUAGAAAGGCAGCAGAUGAUGUAACUUCCCAGACAGGAAUUAAGAGGUUUGUGGCAGGGUCCAUGGGUCCCACCAAUAAGACCCUCUCUGUGUCCCCUUCUGUGGAAAGACCGGAUUACAGAAACAUCACCUUUGAUGAGCUAGUUGAAGCUUAUGAAGAACAGGCUAGAGGACUUCUAGAUGGUGGAGUUGACAUCUUAUUGGUAGAAACUAUUUUCGAUACUGCCAAUGCUAAGGCAGCCUUGUUUGCCCUCCAGAAACUCUUUGAAGAGGGAUACGAUCCCCGACCUAUCUUUGUUUCAGGGACUAUUGUGGAUAAGAGCGGGCGAACUCUUUCUGGCCAGACAGGAGAGGCAUUUAUCAUCAGCGUUACCCAUGCAGAACCCCUAUGCCUUGGAUUAAACUGUGCUUUAGGUGCCCUGGAAAUGAGACCUUUCAUUGAAACAAUUGGCAAGUGUACAACGGCGUAUGUCCUCUGUUACCCCAAUGCAGGUCUUCCCAAUACCUUUGGAGAGUAUGACGAAACGCCUGAAAUGACUGCUGUGCACAUAAAGAACUUUGCACUGGAUGGUUUGGUUAAUGUUGUGGGUGGUUGUUGUGGUACCACACCAGCUCAUAUCAGGGAAAUUGCAGCGGCUGUGAAAAAUUGUAAGCCUAGAGUUCCCCCUGCAUCGGUUUUUGAAGGGUAUAUGUUGUUGUCAGGACUAGAGCCCUUCAAGAUUGGACCAUACACCAACUUUGUUAACAUUGGAGAACGCUGUAAUGUUGCAGGAUCAAAGAAGUUUGCUAAACUUAUCAUGGCAGGAAACUAUGAAGAAGCUUUGAGUGUGGCUAAAGCCCAAGUGGAGAUGGGAGCUCAGGUUUUGGAUAUUAACAUGGACGACGGGAUGUUGGAUGGCCCCAGUGCUAUGACCAGAUUUUGUAACUUCAUUGCUUCUGAACCUGAUAUUGCCAAGGUACCAUUGUGUAUUGAUUCUUCAAACUUUGCUGUGAUAGAGGCUGGGUUAAAAUGCUGCCAGGGGAAGUGUAUUGUCAACAGCAUUAGUCUGAAGGAAGGUGAAGAUGACUUCCUGGAGAAGGCUAGAAAGAUCAAAAAGUAUGGGGCUGCUGUGGUAGUCAUGGCAUUUGAUGAAGUGGGUCAAGCUACAGAAACCAACAACAAAAUUGAAGUAUGUACUCGAGCCUACCAUCUUCUUGUUAAAAAAGUGGGAUUUAACCCAAAUGACAUCAUCUUUGACCCCAAUAUCCUUACCAUUGGGACAGGAAUGGAAGAGCACAAUUUGUAUGCUGUUAACUUUAUCAAUGCCACUAAAACCAUCAAGGAAACGUUACCUGGAGCCAAAAUAAGUGGAGGCCUUUCCAACUUGUCCUUCUCCUUCAGAGGAAUGGAAGCCAUUCGAGAAGCCAUGCAUGGUGUUUUUCUUUACCAUGCAAUAAAGUUUGGUAUGGACAUGGGAAUUGUGAAUGCAGGAAGUCUUCCAGUGUAUGAUGACAUUCACAAAGACCUCCUACAGCUUUGUGAGGACCUGAUUUGGAAUAAGGACCCAGAGGCAACAGAGAAGCUGUUACGCUAUGCCCAGACUCAUGACAAAGGAGGGAAGAAAGCCAUCCAGACGGAUGAAUGGCGUAAUGGCCCCAUUGAGGAAAGACUGGAGUAUGCCCUAGUUAAGGGCAUUGAAAAAUAUAUUGUAGAGGACACUGAGGAAGCAAGACUGGACAAGGACAAAUAUCCCCGACCCUUGAACAUAAUUGAAGGGCCGUUGAUGAAUGGCAUGAAAGUAGUUGGUGAUCUCUUUGGUGCUGGAAAGAUGUUUCUUCCUCAGGUAAUAAAGUCAGCCCGUGUUAUGAAGAAAGCAGUUGGCUACCUUAUUCCUUUCAUGGAAAAAGAAAGAGAGGAAAAAAGGGCUCUUACUGGGAGUGUGGAAGAAGAGGACCCUUACCAAGGCACCAUUGUGUUGGCAACUGUCAAAGGAGAUGUGCAUGACAUAGGCAAGAACAUUGUAGGUGUAGUACUGGGCUGUAAUAAUUUCAGGGUUAUUGAUUUAGGAGUCAUGACUCCCUGCGAUAAGAUAUUGAGAGCUGCUAUUGACAACAAAGCAGAUAUAAUUGGCCUGUCAGGACUCAUCACUCCCUCUCUGGAUGAAAUGAUUUUUGUUGCCAAGGAAAUGGAGAGAUUAGAUAUAAAGAUUCCUUUGUUGAUUGGAGGAGCAACCACUUCCAGAACCCACACGGCAGUUAAAAUAGCCCCAAGGUAUAGUGCUCCUGUAAUACAUGUCCUGGAUGCAUCAAAGAGUGUGGUGGUGUGCUCUCAGCUAUUGGAUGAAAAUCUAAAGGAUGACUUCUUUGAGGAAAUCAUUGAAGAGUAUGAAGACAUUAGGCAGGACCAUUAUGAAUCACUCAAGGAAAGAAGAUACUUAACCUUAGAUCAAGCCAGGAAAAAAGGCUUCUAUAUAGACUGGCCCUCAGAACCACCCCCAGUGAAACCCAAAUUUAUUGGGACUCAGGUUUUUGAAGACUAUGACCUGCAGAGGCUGGUGGACUACAUUGACUGGAAACCUUUCUUUGAUGUUUGGCAACUCAGGGGCAAAUACCCCAAUCGAGGUUUUCCCAAGAUCUUUAAUGACAAAACAGUGGGGGAAGAAGCCAAAAAAGUAUAUGAUGAUGCCCAAAAUAUGCUGAAGGUACUGAUUAGUCAAAAGAAACUGCAAGCCAGGGGUAUGGUUGGAUUCUGGCCAGCACAGAGUGUCCAGGAUGAUAUUCAUUUGUAUGCAGAAGAUGCCAUGCCACAAUCUACAGAGCCAAUAGCUAAGUUUUAUGGCUUAAGACAACAGGCAGAAAAGGACUCUGCUAGCACAGAUCCCUAUUAUUGCCUGUCGGACUUCAUAGCUCCUCUGGAAUCUGGGGUCCGUGACUACUUGGGCCUCUUUGCAGUGGCCUGCUUUGGAGUUGAUGAACUGAGCAAGACCUAUGAGGAGCAGUGUGACAUUUACAGCAGCAUCAUGGUGAAGGCCCUGGGAGACCGUUUGGCAGAGGCUUUUGCAGAAGAACUUCAUGAAAGGGUUCGCAAGGAAUUGUGGGCUUACAGUGACAGUGAGCAGCUAGAUGUUGCUGACCUGCGGAGGAUCCGGUAUGGGGGCAUCCGUCCUGCUCCUGGGUAUCCCAGCCAACCUGACCAUACUGAGAAGCUCACAAUGUGGAGACUUGGUCACAUUGAAGAAACCACAGGGAUCAAGCUUACAGAAUCGUUAGCAAUGGCACCUGCUUCAGCCGUCUCUGGUCUCUACUUUGCCAAUCUGAAGUCCAAAUAUUUUUCUGUUGGCAAAAUUUCCAAGGACCAGAUUGAAGAUUAUGCUUUGAGGAAAAACAUGUCAAUGGAAGAGGUUGAGAGAUGGCUGGGACCCAUUUUGGGAUAUGAUGCAGAUGAAUAAUUCUCUUAUCAAAUCCCUUCCACCUAAAGACAUAUUGGAAAACAGACCCCAGAGUGCCUUUAAAAAUACCACAACUAUUUAGCAUCCAGUGCAUUGGCCUUCUUAAGGUUUGGGAAGACUUUGGGGGGAUAAACAUUUGAUGAUGCAAGAGAUCUCUGUUAUCACCAUGAUGUGCAUUUGUGGAGCACUGAAAACGAGUUUUGUGUUACAUUUUUUGUUUUUUUGUUUUUAAAGUGAGGCAAUUGGGGUUAAGUGACUUGCCCAGGGUCACACAGCUAGUAAGUGUUAAGUGUCUGAGGCCAGAUUUGAACUCAGGUACUCCUGACUCCAGGGCCAGUGCUCAACCACCUAGUUGCCCCACUUUUUUUUAAAAAGCAAACUGGAAUACAGUACAGAGAUAGCCAGCUGUAGUCAUAACAUGCCACAGACUACCUACAUGUAAUAUAAGAAGUUAAAUGCAUUUAUUAAGCACUUCUUAUGUGUUGGGCAUUGUUAGUAAGUCAGAUGGAAAUAGAGGUACUUUUCAGUAGGUUACUGUCCUACUUGGUUAUCUUCUCAUUUUAUGUUUACCUCAUAUCCAGAAUACUAUUUUUACAGAUGAUUUAUCUGGUCUUUUCUUUUUCUUUCUUUUUUUUUUUUAACUCAGUCACAAUUUAGUGGAGUCUGGAAUCAGGAGGAUGUGGGUUAGAAUCCCUCCUCCAAAAUGUAAGUUACAGGCAAAUCCCUUUACCCCUCUCAAUUUCCUGCAAUAUGGGGAUAAUGAUACCUGCAGGACUUAACCUCCCAUGGUGGUUGUGAUACUCUGGUGAAGAAGUAUAGGCAGGGUAGCUAGGUGGCACGGUGGAUAGAGCACAGGCCCUGGAUUCAGGAGAACCUGAGUUCAAAUCUGAUCUCAGAUACUUGACACUUACUAGCUGUGUUACCCUGGGCAAGUCACUU